AUGUUCAUAAUUCUAUCGUGGCCGAACUUCAAAAGUACACAACUUGAAAAAACAAAGUCACAAAUGUUUAAAUUCUUUGCCUCAAAAGAGGAGACUCUCUUGAACAAGGCAACAAAGAACGACCCAAGCCGCAUCCCAAAAGACAUUCUUUCUAAGAUACAUUUAGUCAUGAAUGACCCAAUUGAAUCACAACAACUGCACCACGAGAUCUUACGACGACUCGACUUAACUCUUCUUCCAAAUGAAUUUUUAAAACUAUUAUGUGUUGUGUUUUAUGUCCUUAAGAAAGAUACUAAAAAUUCUUUUCUGAACAAAAUUAUGACAAAUGAUGUUAAGUUCAUCACAAAGAUACCGGAAAAAUAUCGAUCUGCUGAUGAAAAAGAACUUUGUAUUGCGUUUGCAAAUCACUUGGAUUGGUAUGUCACUCUCUACUCAACAGACACUCCCGCAAUUGAUAUUAACAUUUCUCCAGAACAAAUAUCACAAUUUCACUCUGACAUCUCAUCGGAACGGACCAUCAUUUCUCUGUUUUCAAUGUUCUGCAAUUUGACAGCACUCAAUUGGGAAAACGAGAGGUUUUUUGUGAACAAAUUGUUUUCUUUUGUUAUUAUGUAUCUGAUCAGAGAACUCUCAACAACGUUUUAUCGAUUAUGUUGUUACAUCAUUGUUUAUUUUUCAUUCAUGGCAAAGGGUCAAUCGUCAAGGUCAAUGCAACAGAUAAAAAUAUUAGCAAAGUUUGAGGAGUCACAGGUGGCGUUUGAGAAGAUCUUACAGAGCGAUACCGUCAAAAUCUAUUUUUCAGACGCUCCGUCUUACGACCCAGUGAACGUUCGGAGGUUAUUUGAUUUGCUUCAAAUAUCGUCCAACAUGUCGCAAGGCAUUUCUGUGUCAACGACUGGAACUGUUGAUACUAAAGAAAGUGUGGUUGAGUCUAAACAAUUAGAAGACGAUAUUAGAAAAGAGACUGAAAUAUUUUCAAUGCAAAUUAUACAGAAAAUGGAAGAGUUUGAAUACUUCACACGAAUCAAAUCGGACUCAUCAACACCAUCAAGAGUCGUUUCUAGAAGUACCUCGAAAACUCGGUUACCACCACCUGUGAGAUAUUCAGAGGAAGAGCCUUCAUCAAGAUUCUCGGGGUCUGAGAGUAAUAUUGUAUGUAAGGCCACACCAGGAAUAUCGAUACCUAAGAGCACCAAAGCGUUAAGAAGAAUUUCAGUGUCAUCCUGUCUCACUAGGAGUACUAACAACGACGAGCAGCCUUUCGCUCUGAGUGGGGAUUUGUGUCAUUAA